ACACACCAUUACUGUUCACAAUAGAUACACCCUUACUGUUCACAAUAGAUACACCAUUACUGUUUACAAUAGAUACACCAUUACUGUUCACAAUAGACACACCAUUACUGUUCACAAUAGACACACCAUUACUGUUUACAAUAGACACACCAUUACUGUUUACAAUAGACACACCAUUACUGUUUACAAUAGACACACCAUUACUGUUUACAAUAGACACACCAUUACUGUUCACAAUAGACACACCAUUACUGUUUACAAUAGAUACACCAUUACUGUUUACAAUAGACACACCAUUACUGUUUACAAUAGAUACACCAAUACUGUUUACAAUAGAUACACCAUUACUGUUUACAAUAGAUACACCAUUACUGUUUAAAAUAGAUACACCAUUACUGUUUACAAUAGAUACACUAUUACUGUUCACAAUAGAUACACCAUUACUGUUCACAAUAGACACACCAUUACUGUUCACAAUAGACACACCAUUACUGUACACAAUAGACACACCAUUACUGUUUACAAUAGAUACACCAUUACUGUUCACAAUAGACACACCAUUACUGUUCACAAUAGAUACACCAUUACUGUUUACAAUAGAUACACCAUUACUGUUUACAAUAGAUACACCAUUACUGUUUACAAUAGACACACCAUUACUGUUUACAAUAGAUACACCAUUACUGUUUACAAUAGAUACACCGUUACUGUUCACAAUAGAUAAACCAUUACUGUUCACAAUAGAUACACCGUUACUGUUCACAAUAGAUACACCGUUACUGUUUACAAUAGAUACACCCUUACUGUUUACAAUAGACACAACGUUAUUGCAAAGAAAGAAAAGCAGUAUAGAUAAACAAUGGCAAAUGCUGAAAGAGUCAUUACAACAGACAUCAAAAUAA